AUGGCACUUGAAAUUCUUUGCACAGAAAUUAUUGAUGGGUUAGAAUGCAGAAGGAAAAAUGUCAAUAUCGCAUCAAUCGUUGGUUCUUCUGUGGGUCUGGUGGGGGCCGCCCUUGCUGUUGGUGGACUUGUAGCUGCUCCGUUCACUGCAGGGGUGUCACUUGGUCUAACAAUAGCUGUUGGAGUCGUAGGGGGAAUGGGAGGUGUCACGUCAGCAGGAUCAAAAAUUUCAGAGUUUAUUUUAAAUAAAGCGACCGUAUCCCAAAUGGAAAGAUACCAAAUGAAUUUACGAGAGCGAUCGCGAUGUCUUGAAAAAUCCAUCAAAGCUGCUGAAAAAGAAUUGAAAGAUCUUUUAGAGGCUGAAGAUUAUGUUGAAUGCAUGGAUAACAACGCCCUGGAAAUAGCAACAUCUGCACUUAGAUCGCUCACUGUUGUCCCAGUGAUUUUGCUACGAAUUAUUGCCAGGGUCAUUUCUUUUCCAGACAUGAUUCUCGUUCCCCUUUCUGCUCUCCUUGAUGCAGGAAUUCUAGUGUUUUCCAUAUAUAAUCUCGUUAAAGGGUCGCGGACGAGAGAAACAGAGCGGUUAAGGACAAUCCGUACCAUGCUUAAAGUUUCAAGAGGGCAAAUGCAGACUUGGGGAUAUGGAAACCAGAAAAAAUGGGAAAACAAAAUAAAUGAUAUUCCUACAAAUCCCAACACUUAG